CUCCUCCUCACACUCCUUGUUACAUUUUUAUACCACCGUCUGGGAACCGGAUCAAGGACCGCCUGGGUUCAUGGCUGUGGACCAGGUGAAUGACCACAACUUCAACCACUACAACAGCACCACGAGGGUGGCCAGGCCUCAAGCCGACUGGCUGAAGAAGAUGGAGGAGGAAGACCCCUCGUACUGGGGGUGGAGGACGCUGGUCAUAAAAAAUGCUGAGCAACGAUUGUCCAAAGACCUGGAGAUCCUUAAACAACAGAACGAGAGCAGAGGCCUUCACACCUGGCAGCACAUGUACGGUUGUGAGCUGAGCAGUGAUGGGAGCUUGAGAGGGUUUUCCCAGUAUAGCUACAAUGGGAGAGACUUCAUCAGCUUUGACAAGGAGACCCUCACCUGGACAGCAACAUCUCCCCUGGCCCAGGUCUUAAAGCUCCGCCUGGAUAACAAUUUGGAAUAUUCCAAGUACGUGAAAGCUUACCAGGAGGAGAUCUGUGUGAAGUGGCUGAAGAAGUUCUUGGAAUAUGGAAACAAGACUCUGCUGAGAACAGAACUCCCAGUGGCGAAGCUGAAACGACGGGAGGUCUACGCCAGUGGCCGGGAAACCCUGGUCUGUGAAAUCUAUGGCUUCUACCCGAAGGAGAUUGAUGUCUUCUGGAGGAAGGACGGGGAGGUCUGGAUGGAGGACACCUUCCACAGGAAUGUCGCCCCGAACCCAGAUGGGACGUACCACAAGUGGACCAGUGUGGAGAUCGACCCCAAAGAAAGGGACCUCUACCAGUGCCACGUGGAUCACGGCAGCCUGGCGGCCCCUCUCGUCCUGGCCUGGGGGGAACAGGGUAAGACCCUGGGAGUUGAUCCCAGGAGGUGAGUGGAGGGCAGGGGAGGAGGAGGCAGAGAUUUGACCACCCAACGUCUCACCCUGGGAGGAGGGAAACCACACACUUCCUUCUGGGCUGGAGUCCAUUUGCUUUCCAGCU